GGGAAUUCUUGUUUUUAUCUCAAUGUCAGGGAGUGGUUGUCUAUUUGUUCCCCUUGAUCCUUAUUUUCAAUUGUUCUUAUCGUCUUUUUCUGGUGUGCUUGUCGUUUUUGUACUACUAAGUAGCAUCCAUCGAACGAGUGUCGCAGAGAAUGUUUGAUACUAUAUUCUGACAUAUUUUUGGUCCUGUGGUCUAAUGUUUGGCCCUCUGUUUCCUCGGCCUUGGUUAUCCAUAAUGUGACGCCUUUUGAAUAUGGCGAAUGGAGAAGUUCAAAUCACCCACCCCACCCAGCUUUUGCCAUAUUAUUACACACCCUGAAAAUUUAGUGUCCAAUACGAUUCGUUCUUCCACCGUGUAGUUGAUCUACAAGUUUGUGUCCUCCCGCCACUAUGAACACAACAUCCAAAUUCUCUGAACGAUCAGUAUAGGAAGUUUCAUAGACAAAAGACAUAAAAACUCAACAUAUUUUUCUAGUAUGGUUAGAAAAAGAUGUCACCAUACUACAUUAGACUUGGUCCAAAUGACGUUCUCCUAAAAUUGAAGGUGCUUUAACAACAUAUAAACGUUUAGUCUCUCCCAAAUUUGCUCUCAAAAUGUACACAAAGAAUGUUCAUGUAUGGAUUUCUAUUAUGCCUCUAUGCUCCACCCAAGUGUGUUAAUCAAGGAAUUUCAAGUAGUGUUCAAACAUAAGAUGCUCUACCAUAGAUGCUAUGGUCGAAACUUCAAUAAUUGAGGCAUGGACAUGUUUUGAGGAUAGGGUACUUGGGACAAGUGUCUCAACACUCUUGGCAGAUUCUUGACGUUGCCUUGAUGAUUUAAAUUGCUAGAAUAUAGCUAGUGUCUGGACACUAGUUGUAGAUAUCGUAUAAGCAUUCUGACUUGUUUGGAGCCUUUUGGAGUAUGUCAAUGUUUAGUAGCUUUUUAGCUUGGUUUUGUAUUCUACAUGGUUGGAUGUGAAAUAUGGUAAUAGAAGACAAAAAGAUCCCAACUAGACAAACAGAAAAAAAUAUAUAUAUCAAACAUUGAAAAGAAGUACCUAAGAAAUAACCUAUGUUGGACUAAAAUAAUAAUUUAACCAAAAACAGAACAACAAAGAACUUAGGGACGGCAUUACAUUGAAAUUUAUGAAGGAAAAAAAACUCCGGACCUCUAUGCUGUUAUGUGGACGAAAACGUGCGGUAGCUAUAAAUUAGAAUGAGGGCGGAAUAUGAGGCGAACAGUUGGUGUGUGAAAACCAGAAGUCCUAAAAUGUGUGCAUGGAGGUAACGUGUCCGGCCAAGGCGCAUCAGGAGUUGGUAUUCCCUGUUGUACGUCCUCCACAUGGCCUUCUAUAAACUUGGUCAACGACUAACCCUUUUAAACACGAGUUCAAUCCGAUCCCCAUCUGCUCACGAUCCAAAGAAAUGGCUUUCAGACCCUCUCUCACCUCUGCGUGGAAAUCAAUGCUUAGGACCCAAGGGAAACGUCGGUUAGCGUCGUCCAGCACCGCUUCCACCAUUGAAAAUGCUGCUACGUCUUCUAAGGGCAGUCCGAGUAGGAGCGAGUACAUGAAGGGUGAGUACGCCCCAGUCUACAUUGUGUUGGGUUUCGUAGGGAUUGUUUUGAUGAUGGGAACCCACACGGCGAAGCAGCAGCUACUGCAUUCGCCGGUGGUCAAUGUGAGCAAGAAGAAGAGGGAGAGCAUCCCGGAGGUGGAGGAGCCCGACACCGUCAUCAAUUCCGCCGACAAGUUUAUCAACAAAUCCAUUCUUAGGAAGGUGGCCCACAUCCAGGACAACACCAAGACUGUGUAGCGCCCUAAUGCUGACACUCCCAAAACUGCUGGAGUGGGUGGAUCCUGCCCGGCGUUGAACAACCCCUUGUGUGUAAGCAUUUGAAUGUCUUCAUUUCUUUACUUCUGAUUCCCACCACUGUGUGUGUGUGUGUAUAUAAUGUGCCCUUCUGGUUCUGGAUCUAUUCCCUUUGUGGUGUUGGAUGGAGCAGACUAGGUCUAGGCAUGAGGCCCUCGGUUCUGUUUUUUUUUUUUUCAUGUAAAAUAAAACCAAUUGGACUUCCCCAAAUUGGGACCUUGGAAUUGUUUUCAUCUUCUUCAUCUUCGAUUCUCUCUUCUUCUUCCAUUCAUUUUAUCAUUGGAGUGAAUCUGAUUUUAA